AUGCUUGCUGAUCAGGAUAAAAUCGAGCGACAACGAAAGGGUGCUGUCAAACUUAAAGACGAAAUUCUUGUGAAUGAUCACCAAAUGGUUCGACAUUACUUCAAGUCGCCUACAUACUGUGGUCACUGUUGUCAGUUUAUUUGGGGCAUUACCAAACGCCAAGGCUUUAAAUGCAAAGUUUGUCAGUUUUCCUGUCAUGUAAGAUGCAGCGAAUAUGUGACAUUCCAAUGCACCGGCAGUGACGUUAAUAUUGCAUCGAAUAAUAACAAUCAGCACGAUUUUGUCUUAAAUUCUUUCACGACUCCUCGAUUUUGUGAUCAUUGUGGAUCUAUAUGCUUUGGAAUCAAGUAUCAAGGAUUAAAAUGCAAUAAGUGCUUAAUGGUUAUUCACACAAAAUGUAAAAAUUUUGUUCCACAUUUAUGCGGGAUUUCCUGUACAGAGAGACGUGGAAGAAUUCUUUUAAGUAUAAAGGCUACAGAAACAAACUUAGAAGCUAAAAAUCACGAUAAACGAAUUAUUGUUGAAGUUUGGGAUUAUGACAUGACUUCUGAAAAUGAUUUUAUCGGAUCACUUUCCUUUUCCAUAAAGGAUUUAUUGUCGUCUCCAAAUGGAUCACAGACUGGAAAGAAUUGGUACAAAUUGCUGAAAACGGACGAAGGACGUCUUAUGCAUAUUUUGAUAGAUGAAACAGUAUCUUCAACUGAACAAGUCGCUGAUGAAGAAAUUCUUAUUAACAAAAUUACAACGAAAGAUUCUUUCUCACUUACUAAGUUCAAAAUUUUUACUGUCAUUGGGCGUGGAAGUUUUGGGAAGGUUAAUUGUAUAUGGUAA